AUGAUAGUGUACCUGGUUACCACCUUGCCAUGGAUGAUUGGAACAUUGAAGAUCGGGUUAGAUGAUAAAAACGCUGUUCGAUGGAGAAAAUCAAUAUUUUGUCUAUUUUUUGGUACCCUCGUGCCGAUGAUCUAUUAUUUCAUUCAACACAAAGUCCAUCAUGUAGCUGGAGCUUACACUAUUUACGCGUUUUUCGAAUGGUCCUUGAUCUUUUAUGACGUUGCAUUUGACGCAAUCAGCUUUCAUGAUUUAAGUUUCAUAGAAUUGCGUGUCAUCAGUGCCGGGCGUGGGUCAAGUGAUUUUUUAUUGUAUUCAAUUGAAAUUUCAUCAAGCGACAAGGAUUCAAUUUCCGGAUUUCCUGGCGCAAAAAAUUCCACUGUUAAUGCAUCCACCAUCACACCUUAUCAUCAAUACUUGAAGGAUCUUUUUCUAAGUUCUGAUAUCGGUUAUUGGAAUAAUAUAAUGGAAUAUGCGACAGACACUUAUUUAGCUUUUGUCUAUUGGUCAAUGUUAACAUCGCUCGCCCUGACAAUUUGGUACUUCCCACUCUGGUAUAUGGGCAUAUCCGGGUAUGAAGCCUUUUUACUUGUGACCUCCUCGCCAGUAUUACUCGGUAUUAACUCGGUGCGACGAACAGUCAGAUCUUACCCUGGACUAUUCCAUCUAUUUUCGCUCGUGGGAUUGGCGUCAUACAUGUUUGUUGAUCCGGUCACUCGUCUCAUCCUAGUUUCUGUGGGGGUGGCGAUUGCAAAUUUGACUUGGACAUCUGCGUGGACAGAAAAUCGUAACAACAUGGUCCGAUUGGAACGCAAUGCUCUUAUUUGGGGGGUGGGAUUGAUAGCGAGCAACGUUGUCAAAAUGGCUUGGUGGACAAAUAAUCCUAUAUGGCCAAUAAUGCACGGAGCAAAUGGUGGACGAAAUGGUGUGGGACUCGCAUUAGGAAUUUUGGCAUCGUUGUUAGUUAUGCUCCGUGAUGGAAAAGGCAAAUCCAAAUCUACCGAGCAAAGGCGGAAAGUCUCGGGAUCAUGGGCUUCUGCAGCUGCAGGAUUGGGAUCCCUCAUGUUUGCCCUUCAUUCUUUGCUCUCGGAUACUACCACACUCACUCGCUGGGUAUACGAAGGAUAUCCCAACACCGGACCUCUUCCCGUACCAUGGGGUGGUAUUUUAACCAUUAUGGCAAUGUCAUUGGGAUUGGUCCUCUCGUCAUAUCGUAAAAUCGUUGUCGGCAUUCAUUGGUAUGUUAUCGGAUGUGUGUCCUGCACGUGCCUGUAUUAUUAUUCCACGUGGAAGGGAUACUACGGAGGACUACUGCUCGGUGUUUACAUAAUGUCUUUGAUACCGUCAUUUAUUCGAGGUGUCUCUCAGCAUCCUCCGGGGAGAACACUUUUUACGGCCAUGAUGAUAUAUAAUGUGCUUUGUUUGGCUCAUGUAUGGAUCGUUGCUUACGCCUUUGUUCCCGCUGGCGAGUACAUGAGGGAACAUACGGAUUACGUGCUGUUCGCAAUGAUGAUUUUAAUUGGACUUGGAGUCCGGGAAGCAUCCGUUAACUCGUCAAAAUUUGCACAAAUGAAUAAUUCGCAUCACAAUCGAUCCUUGACCAGAGGUGGAUUGGGAAUAAUGAUUUUGGUGACGAUCAUUGUCGCAUUUUCACGUGCUUCGUCCGGUCCACCUGUGCCAUAUCAUCCCGAGCAAAAAUUAAUUACGGCAGGUAUAUGGACGAUACAUUUCGGAUUAGAUAACGACAUGUGGGCUAGCGAAGUCAGAAUGAGGGACCUAAUAAGGGACAUGGAGUUGGACGUUGUCGGUCUUCUGGAGUCCGACACCGGGCGCAUAAUAAUGGGCAAUCGAGAUCUUACGCAAUUUUUGGCGGAGGAUCUCAACAUGUAUGCCGAUUAUGGCCCCGGUCCGUCAAAACAUACUUGGGGAUGCGCAAUGCUCUCAAAGUUCCCGAUAAUCAAAUCCACUCAUCACCUCCUGCCAUCACCGAAGGGCGAACUCGCGUGCGCCAUCCAUGCUACGCUUGACGUUUACGGCAAAGAAGUUGAUUUUAUUGUUAGUCACAAUGGACAAGAGGAGGACGUGGAAGAUCGAAAGUUGCAAACCACGGAACUCGCACGAAUAAUGCGAGAGAGUCAGAAUCCAUUUGUAUUUUUGGGAUAUGUGGUGACCAAACCGUUUGAAGGGAAUUAUUUCAUACUGAUGGAUGAUGGCAAUGUCAAUGAUAUAGACAAGACAGAUUAUGAUAGGUGGUGCGAGUAUAUCGCAUACCGUGGGAUUAAGAAGGUUGGGUACGCACGUGUUAGCCAUGGCAGAAUAACGGACACCGAGUUACAAGUGGGAAAAUUCCAAGUUUUGGAUGGAUAUGAUCGUUCAAAUUGGAAGGCCGUUGAUAAUCGCAUCCAAGAGAACGAAGUAAUUCCAGAGUUACGAUUCACACCGAUAUUCAGGGGCGAAGGAAAGAGCAAACUUCUCAACACGUUUAUUAUCAUGAGAUUAAAUAAUCUUGCCCAACUUCAGAUGUUCCAUUCCCUCCUCGAUAAACACGUGAUCGCUCAACACCCGACGCUGCAAAAGAUUCUGCAGAUUGAAGAAGCAAUGUACCGAUGCCCUGGUUUCGAUAAGGCUUGGAAACUGAUAGGCGGCCUAUCUUUGCCAUUUUUACGGGGGAAGUUGGAUCGGGGGAGAAAAGGUCAGAAGGAUUGGAAUUCAAAGAAGGAUCGCAAUAAGGAUGGAUCCGAACCAAGACUAAACUCCACCGCUGGAUUCGAUUAUGGAUUUGAUGUAGAUUUCAGCGCAAUUUAUAACGACGCCGUCAAGGCAACUCCCGACGAUACCGAUUGGUUGACCUCAAAUCUGUCAAAUUCUAACGAAACAAGCGUUUCGGAUGGUGUAACUUCUAUCAAAAUCAAGCUCACCCAUUUCGGAGUGAACAUCGCCUGUGAAAACCGAAAAGACGAAUGGGAGCAACGUAUACCUGCAGUCUUGAAAACUCGGAAGCAGACCACCGGAGGGGAUUACGAGUUCACCGUUAAUUUUGAAGAACCCCAUGCCGAAGUCACCGCCACCAAUGAAUAA